AUUGGAGGGGUACCAGUUGUCCAAGUAAGAGAAAGGCCACCGCUUCUGACCGGUGAGAGGGAAACUGAUACAAUUUUUUUUCUUUGGUCCGUAUCAUGAAAAUUUUGAAUUAUUUGAUUCAUUCUGUCGUUUUGUCGCGCGCGGUACUGUAUAUCUGGGUUUAUCUUAAUUUGUGACUUGCCUUCUCUUUUGAUCGAUUCGGAGUGUGUUCAGUGGAGAAACUUAUUAUAUUUGUGAUUAUUUCCGACGUUAAUUGGAAUAGUUAUAGGGCUGUCACAAAGGCUAUGGCUUGUAUUCUACCCAGGUCUCCAUAGUCUACAUGAUCCAAUUUUUCAUUCCAAACUAAUGAAUUAUCCAACGUUAAGAUGAAAUUAUUUCCAUUAUUCUUAUUCUUCUUUUUAGUCUUACAAAUUAAUGCACAACGAAGGACGGCAGCAAAACCUACCACUGAAACUGAAAAUAUAAAACCAACUUCACCGAGGGGAAGAGGUAGAUCACGAUUUGUAGCUUCAGAAGAGUUCCAAGGAAUCCAAGAUAAAUCAUCAGCUGCUGAAUCAACAACAAGAAAAACAGUAGCAUCAAGAAGACGUGUGGUUGAAAAUGUAGAGCAACGUUUUCCCUCAAGGACAUCUUCUACUUCGAAUCCUUCGAAACAGCCCUCAACAACUAUACCUCCUAUUUCAAGACGAUAUAAUUCGCAGACAUUCAGUGAUACUGCUGAAAAAAUUUUUAAUGUCAAUGAAAAUGCGAAUAGAAGGCCUCAAAGGCCUCAAAAAACCCAAAUGAGUUCUGCUGCUACGAGUACAAAUCGAAAAACUUCAAAACCAUUAACGGAAUAUGUAGAAAGAAGGAGUUUCAAGAAUACAUAUGAAGUACAAGAAAUAUUGGACGAAAAUUUCGAAUUAGUGCGUAGAUCCCAAAAACCCAGAGAAAAUAGUUUCAAAGCUACAAAUGUCCUAUCAAGAAACAAAGAAAAUUUGUUACCUACUAAAGGAAAUACCUUUCCAAAAAGAAAACAGGAAAGUGCCGAUACGUUUACUGACAAGACACCAAGGAGAAAUAAAGAAUUGGAAGAGUUAUCUAGGAGUUUGAAUAUACCAUCGCGUAAUCAAGAUAAUUUAGAACCGAUUAAGACUUCCAAAACAUAUGAACCAGAAGUUAGUGCACCCUUAUUGAGCAACACUAAAGAUACUAACUUGAUUGAAGAACAGUCUCUCGAUACUACACAAGUGCCAUCCGAUUUAGAAGUAUCCCCUGAUCCGUUACCAGAGCUACAAUAUGAAGAAGAUUUAUCAAAAGUUCAAACUAGUUCUACAACGACCACAAAACCUACUGAACCCACUAGAAGUCAAGGAAGUAGAAGAAGUAGUCAAAGAAAAACUACUGUAGUAACAGAACAAUCGACUCAAGCUCCUAGAUUCAGAACCAGAGGACGAAAUUCUCAAACAGCUCUAGCAUCUCAAAACUCUGAAUCAUAUUUGAGAGCUGCAACAUCUACAACUGCUCCUGGAAGGGGAUAUAGAAGAAGAAAGGAGAGUGUGCUGGAGCCUAGAAAAGGACCAUCAGUGUUCUCUGCUGAUACCGAAUUUCAAGAGAGACGUCCAAGAACCGAAAGAAAAAUCAACAUGUCGACUUCCGAGAAAGUCAUGAUUGCAGACUUUCCCACGAGAAGCCGUUAUAACACAACAAUUAGAAAACUUUCCAACAUAACCCCGACAACUUCAGCUCCAAAUGGCAAUAGACUCCGUUCUAGAGAGAUGCCGGUAUUCGAUGAACAAAAGUUAGAAGUUUUACCUUUGUUCGAAGAAGAACCAAAGCUCUUACAUACUCGAUUCACUAAUCGAGCUGACGAUACUCUCUCCAGGUCUGUCAAAAAAGAAGUUUCCAAUGAAGAUACAUCUCCAAAAAGAGGAGAAAAUACAGAUAUUAGAACUGAAAAACGAGUAGCUUUUAACGAAAAACCAAUUUUCAAUGAGAAAAAUGCGACUGUUUCAAGAUCUAGACGGAGAGGAAACUCAGAUUCAACCCAGAAAAGUAUAAAUAAAACAGAAACAACGAUAACAAAGCCAACUAAUACACCUUCUAGAUCAAAAGUUGUAGUUAAUGCUGGAACUAAAACAGAAUCUUCAGUUGAACAAGCUCUUCCGAUCCGGAAAAAUGAAAUUAAAGAAUCUGUGGUGUCCGAAGUCAAUGAGGUAACUUCUCGCAGAAAAAUCUCUAGGAAAAAAGUAGCGAACUUAACAGAACUGCAGGAGAAAUCUCGCAGUAGCGGUUUAAGAGGUAAUAAAAAAUCAGAAGAAUCUACAAAAGCAAGUUCAGAAGAAAUCGGAGAAUCUGACAAUUAUCCAGAAGAAUUCAAGGCUUUGAUAAAAGCCAAAAAAGAAAAUAAGACAAAUCACAAAGAAAACGAGUUAAAACUAAAGCCGACAACUUCCACUUAUUCAUCUAGAUUGAAUCGUAAAAAGUUCACUACUUCAACAACUGUUAAAUAUAUUCCAGUCUCUACAACGCAAAAAAGUUUUAUUGCCAAAACGUCGAGACUAACUACCACUCCCUCAUCAUCUCCAAGCAGAAUAACUAAAUUCAGGUCUGUUACACCGAAAAGUUCCAGUUUUCCAAUAAAAUCAGAGAAAAAAGUUUCAUUCAGGCCAAUAGAAUCUAAUAAAGGAAAAAGUGUGGAAAGAUUUGCGAGAGGAAAAAAUAGCAAGAAAUCUGAAGAUUCCGUAUUUCUCUCUACAAAGGUCCCUAAAUAUUUGACAACUCCAAAGAAACUUGAUCGUGGUAAAUAUAGAAGUUUCACAACGGUGCCUCCAAAAUAUAUUCCGACAAUUCCUUCAGUGCCAUAUGUACCAACGGUUCCAACAGUUACACCCCCGAGAACAGCAGUUGAUGCCACAACAAACCAAAGAGAUGAUGAUGAAGGAGUUAAAGUGAUAUCAAUCGAUGUACCUGUUAAAGCGAUAUCAUCAGCGAAUCUAGUCAACGGUGAUUUCGUUUCGUCCACAACUAACUCUGUUUCAGUAGCUUUACCACUGGUAAGCGAGGGAACCUCUGAAAAACCAACAUCUAUUAUCGAAAGAAUAAUAAAUUCGAUCAGCGCUAGAGCAACAACACCAUCCUCUUCAAAUACAUCGCCAAGUAGUACAGCGACCACAACAGAGUAUUCGUCGGCCAUAUUGAAAUUAUCACCACAAAAAUCUAGACAAACCGACGCUACUGACGAAACUAAAGCUAAUGACCAAGUAGGUAGUGUUAAAUUAACAACCGAGAACCCUACAACGAUAAUUGAGAGGAUAUUGAGUUCAUUAAAUGCUAUACAAGCAACAGAUAUUACAAGUUCAGCGCAAGUAGGUACCGAAUCUAUAAAUUUGAGCUCUUUCACUACCACGCCUCUAUUUAGUGUGACUAAGUCUUCCAACACCAGAUCACUCCCUGCACCUACUAGCACAACGAACAAUCCUCUUAGUAUUUUAGAUGAUAUCACAUCCGAAGAAUUUGUACAGAAUCAAGCAAUAAGUAGAUUGUUGGACAUUUUGAAUAGUAUGGUAUCUACAGAGCAAACGGAUAAUUUUGUUAUUGUUACGCCUAAAAGUGUAAAUAAGCAAUUUGGUAGGGGUCCUUUCAUAUCAACAACUAUUUUUCCUCCUUCUACUUUCGUAUCCGAAUUCACAACACCCAAUACUAUAUCUACACUACCAUAUUUUGGUACUGAAGCUAUUUCUUCGAAUCUGAUACUUUCCGAUAAUACUUCAUUUGUAUUUAGUACACAAACAACUGAUGAUAGCAGUAAAUCUGUAUCACUUGAGUCCACUACUGAAGCUUUAUUAUCAACUUCUCCUCCUGAAUUGACUUCAGAUCAAUCAGCAACUAAUCAGAGCUCAACUAUAUUAACAGUUGAAGAAAAUCUUAUGAGCUCUACUAUUACUAUAGAACCGCAGAUGACAUCAACCACUGAAGUAUCUCCAGCAGAGAAUACUAUUUCUACCAAUAGUGAAAUACAGUCAACAGUUACUGAAACAAUGAAUUUAAUUACAUUACUUUCAUCGCUAUCAUCUCGAAGAUUUGAAGUGAGUCCUGGAAGUGUCUCUGUGUAUUCCGCUAACGAUAUUAAUUCCAACUUUGUAACUCCUGAGUAUGAUAUAUCCCCUAAUGCAGUAGUAAAUACCGCAGAUAAUAAUAUUUCUACGACUACAGUUAUUAACACGGAAGAUGACCUUUUCUCUGAUAUCCCCACAGUUAUACAAAAUAUGUCUACUGAAGGUAGUAUGUCCACUACUACAAUGAGAAGUAUUAGAGGUGAAGCUAUCUCUACUGAAGGAAAUGACGUUUCUACAUCGUCACUAUCAGGUAACACCGCUAUCGAUAUUACUACUGCUAGGCAGAGCACCAUUGAAGAUGAUAUAUCUACCACCACGGUAGAAAGUAUCACUGGUCAAUCAUCCACUAAUACAGUUACCACCCAAAAGUCUACUGCUGAAGAUGAUAUUUCUACUAUUCCGGCAGUCACCAUUGAGUCGCGAAUUACCAGUGAUACUGCUACAGAAAAUGCAAUUGUAGAUAAUAAUCUUUCGACUACUCCAGUAAGCAGUGAAUCGAACAACGAUACAAACGUUACUCAAAAUAACAUUGCUGAAGAUAUUUCCAUCAAUACAAUCGCUGUAUCUGAUAUUACUACUACAACAGAAACUACCACUAAUAUGCCUGAUAAUACAACCACAUUAGAAUUAACAACUACCCCAGUCGAUUCCAGUAGUACUUCUAUGGCGAGUAGUCCAAAAUCAAGAACAGGCAAAUUGCUGAACAUAGCUCAGGAACCUGUACAGAAUACAAUUGAUACAUCCACCCCUGACUAUUUUAUUUUUGCUGUACUUAACAAUAACACAAUAUUACGUAAAAGACCGUUAAUAGAACCUAAAUCUUCCUACUUUGUUAUUGGUGUGUAUCCUAACAAUACUGUUGUGAAAAAAUAUCCGAACGGUACCGUAGUUCCCAUGGAAAUGACCAUACGGGUAAGGGGAUUCGAUACACGUGAAAACCCCCCACCUUUACCAGAUAUAACCAGUAACCAAGUAACAAGCGAUCCUGGAAGUUCUAUGGAUAAUAAAAAUGUUAAAACGGAAGAGCAGAAUACCAUUCCUACAGUAACUGCGACCACUAUUUCAAUUUCUCCUACUAGCACUACACCUUCUACCAAAGCACAAAGUAGUACUACACAAUCCACAAGCACACCCGUCCUUUCAACUACAACCACAUCGUCUACCACUACAGAAUCAACGACUACCUCGACAGAAUCACCAGCUUCUGAGCCUACUACAGUGACAAAUGCCCAAAACCAACCAACAACAACUACAUCUGCUCCUACUAUGACAACUACUCCAAGUAUCACUACAUUACCAAGCACAACUGUAGUACCCUCGAAUCCUUCCCCUAGCACCAAUUCACUUAAAAUUGAUGCAGAAGCUAGUACUAGUCCAAAUACCACUGGUAUCGAGAGCACGAAUAUAACCAGCACUGCGAAUGUUAGUUCAGAUAUGCAAAGCACGAGUGCGGCUAGUACACUUGUACCAGAUGUGGUGAUAGUAGAAUCGAGUACUAUAGUCACUUCUACUGAAGGAAGUAAUAACAAUACACCAACGUUUCCAACACUGUCUGAAUUAUUUAAUGGAAAAACCAUUGAAGCUUUCAAUGAAAUUGUUAAUAGUGACAAAACAAGUAUGAACACUCCUAAUACCGAUGAAAGUAUUCGGGCAACCAAGGUUGAUACAACCACACCAUUUUCUCAAGACAGUACAACAGAAACUUUCAAUCCUGCGACAAUUCCAACAGCUGUUAAAACACCUACAAUACAACAACAGGUCGAUACUACUACUAUCGAUAGUACAAUACUUUCCAAUCAGGUUCUUGAUUUCACAAGUCCCUCAAAAGUUAAUGAAAUAUCAGGAAUACAGAAAAUGAGUAGUACUAACACACCAACAACUACAGCUGCUUCAAUGACAAGCACGCAACGACAAAGGAUAUUCACGAGUACUCAACCUUCGCUUAUACCUACGUUCCUCACAACACUUUUCCCGAAUUUAUUCAGAAGUGAAACAAUCAAAGUUCCAGAAUUAACGACGAAAAAACCGGGUAUUAUACGAAUAUCUGCCCCUCCUUCUGUAACAGAAACUGCAUCAUUCACGGCUAGUACAACCACUACCAGACCCCCAGCAACUAUCAAAGUAAAAAGCAAUACAAUUCCACCAGUCACCACAAUAGUUACAACCACGACGACGGAGAAAACAACUACCACAAUGGAACCUACUACGACUACCAGGCCCACGACAACUACAAUCCCUACUACAACUACUGAAGCUACUACAACUACAACUACUGAAGCUUCUACAACUACUACCACUGAAGCCACUACAACUACUAGAAUCACUACCCCUGUUACUACUACAGCAAGAUCGACCAUAACAACUGGGAAAGUGCAAACUAGCGCAGGCUUCACUACUGCAAGAUCAAUUGAUGUUACUAGUUUUAAUACUGUCGAAUUAACUACUAAGUCGUUACAGCUGAAAGAAUUAACUCCACAACAGAAAGAAAACUUGAAGGCAAUCGCGCAAUUGGAAAAGCAACAAGCGGAAUUAUUGAAUCAGUUGUCAUUUUUAACACGUCUGAUACCAAAUCGAACUGCGAAGUCAGCAACAACAGGAAACACGAAUUCCAAGACUAGCUCCGGUGGUAGUUUAGCUGAAAGGAUCGUCGCUUUAGCUGUUGAAAGAGAUAGAGCUAAGACUACCAUUCCAGAUACAACUAUUAUAUCCACAACUACUCCUACUAUUAUUGUAGAGACUUCUAGAGCACCCAAAUCUAUCCAAGAUCAAAUAGCAGCUCUAGAAACAACUAAGCCAUCUAAGAAAGCAACAACUUUAGAAGAGGUUUUGAAAGGAUAUAACUUGAAUUCCAUUACGCCACCAGCCUCGACGUCCUUUGGAAAAUCUAAUGAUGCUAUACUAGCUUCCCUUUUGAAAGAACAAGGCAUCGUUCCUUCGACUCCAAAAGUUUUAGCCGGAAUUUUCGAUGAAACCACCAUAAGACCAAGAGUAAGACCAAAAAUUACUACGACUCCUGCACCUGGUCCUAUCAUACGCGGUCUCAACUGGCUCUUGAAUGCUUUAGCUCCUCCACCUUCACCCGCACCUGUUAACAAGAGACCUACUCCUAAACCGGUAAAGCCAAAAAAACCACCAGUAGAAGAAGAGUUAUUAGUAAAUUCUCCCACACAUAUGACACCUGUUAGUACAGCCGCUCCAUCUAAACUGGCCAAUUCUCUUUCCCAGGAUGAAAUUAAGCAACUAAUAAAACAACUGGAAGGAAUACAGAAGAAUCCAUCUACAGGAACACUGGAUCUUUCGCAAAUCAAGAGCAUCCAAAAUUUGCUAAAUGUGGAUGGAGGGGUUGUUAUCAGUACCAACGGAGAACAUGGAACAACUUCAAGGCGAACAACAACUUUGCCAACAACUAUUUUAAGCGAGGCGACCCAACGGCAAUCUAAAAAACUACCUACACCAACAACUGAAAAUCCAAUUUUUGCGUUUACAAACGAAGUUGAUGAUUCAGAAUCUAUUGAAAGUACUACUCGAAUUAUGAGAGCUCCAAUUGGAUUCAAUCCUGUACCAGGGAUAGACGACAAUAAUCCUGAUGUUCCAAAUACUUUAGUGAGGAGUAAUUUAAUUACAGCGGCUGUUAACGUCACCAAAGCCAUUUCAAACUUUUUGGGCACAGCUUUACAGGGGGCGGCAUCAUCUUUCCAAACGAUAUUCGGUGUGUCAUCAGCCGGAACAAGAGUACUGAGUAGUGCAGCAGCAGGAUCAUCAGCUGGAUGAAAUAGAAGCGGGAAAUUUAGGGCGAAAUAAAUUUAUUUAUUCAUGUACGGAACCCCAUUUCGUAUCAACUUUUUAUCAUAAUGAUCCGGUUUGAUAAAGCAAAUCUCCAAGAAUAUAGUACAGCUCAAUUUAAACAUACCAGGGAAAUGAAAAGCUGGAUAUGAGACUUUUCAAGGACUAAAUAUGUUAUAAUUUGUGUAAACAGCUGGAGGUUCCAUUUUUUGGGAGAUCUUCAAUAAUUUUUUUCUUGACACAAAUCAUCUCGUGCAUUUACAUUUUCAAAUAUUCACUUCAAGCACAUGUUUCUUCUCUAGUUCUCCAUAUAGCUUCAUCUAAUUAUUUUUUGUAUGAUAUACUUUGAAUUACUCUGCUCUGAUUUCCAUUAAAUUACUCACGCAUUAUUUCCUUUUCUAUCUUUCAUGUUUUAAUUAUAAUCAUGAUAUGAUAGAUUUAAUCCUCUUGACUCCUUGUGAAUAUUUCGUCACAAGUAUUUUUGAUUUUUUCAUAAUCUUUUAAUACAAAUUCUUCAUCUUGUGUUAACACUACUUGCUUCAUUUAUAUAAUUUAUCAAUUGGGGUUUUUGAUUUUUUUUUCUUCUCAUCUGUACCUCUUGGUAUUUAAUCAAAACGAUUUGUGUUAUAAUCCUACAACGAAUCAAGAACUUUGUGACUCAUUUCAUUCUCUUUUCAUAGUAUUUUCAAUUUUGUUAAUUCGCCUCUCUUGUCGAUAAAAACUGAAUGUUCCAGUGAAUAAAAAUUUCAUACACUAUUAUUAAUAAUUAUUAAUAUUCUAAAAAGUUUUGCAAAAGUUUUCAUGUUUAUUAAGUACCUAAGAAGUUUGACAUGUGAUAAUGAUAAAAAGUUUAUACGGUUUCGACGUUCCUUUUGGUAGUAGGUAUUUAAAUUAAUUCAGGUGCCACUUGUAUAAUAAGCUUUGGACUUUGGAUACAUAAUUUGUAGGAUUGUUCGAAUUAUUUAAUUUCCAAUGUAAAUAUUAUAAUGAGUGAAACUCUAGAAACACACAUUGUAGAAAACAUUGUCAGUAAUAGACACCAAGUUUCAGGGUAUGACAUUUAUAAUACAGAUUUUCUCUUUCAACCAGUCGAUGUGAAAUACUCAAUGUUUAUAAUAAAUCAAAAUAGAUCUAAUACAAAAUACAAUGUAUAUAAAAUGUUAAUUAUAUAUUUUACCAUA